GAGAUAAAAUCGGCUGCAGCAAUAGUAAGGCGCAGUUUCUUCGCGGAUCUCUUCUGUCAUCGAGCCUUCCAUGAUAUAACUUGUUUAUCAGUCUAUUGUUACACACCCAUUUGUUGGGCUACCUGUUGCCUUCUUCAUUAUUAGUGGACCAACGAAAAGAACACCGACCUCUCUUCCCACCAAAGGAUUGAAUUAUGAAUCCUUAUAGUCGCAUGUACUUGUUAACAGCCGUAGGCUUUGUAGUUACAAAUCCCGUAGAACAGCAUACCGACGACAACGCAAAUUUUACGGUGUGUAACUCAACAGUAUGCAAAGCAAGAGCAAAGCUGGUCAAUGCAUCUUUGAACGCAUCUGUGGAUCCGUGUGAUGACUUCUACUCCUACGUCUGCGGUGGAUGGAUCAGUAACCACACCUUGCCACCGAGUUCGUCUUCCUAUGGCAUUUACGAUAUGCUGCGCGACGAACUGCAAGCGACACUGAAGGCGGUAUUAGAAAACAUGACUGGGAUCGAAGAAGAACAAACGGUUAUCAAAAACGCUAAAGUGAUGUACAAUGCCUGCGUAGCUGUCCCAACGGAACCGGACAGACGUGACAUUCUCCUGGAAAUACUGAACGCGUCUGGGUUCAGCCAGUGGCCCAUAACUAAUGCAAGCAGCAUGCAGCUUAAGAAUGUCACACAAGUGCUUGAAGUGACUGGCCCAGGUCCCAUAUUGAACCUCGACAUUGAACGGGACGUCCUAGUGCUAAACACUUACGCCAUUCAGAUUGACCAACCCAAAUUCCUGAAAUUGGGCCGAAAGCAGCUCACAGAUCCAUACACUGGAAAGAACGAGAACAUAACUGAAGCCUACAAGAAACUUCUCGAAGUCGCCGUCAAAUUCGUGCAACCGAACAUCACAGACAGCGAGCUCACGACCGUUGUCUGCGAUAUCAUGGUCCUCGAAAGGAUCUCGCUAAUGUGAGAAUCAAGUCUUAUGAUGAGAUU